AUGUUCUCAAGCGAUACAGCCACCAGCUUGUUUAUCUUGAGAUCCCAAAUCUUGCAAGCACCUCAAGUCAUUACAGCUGAAAAGUGGACUGCGACUGGCAACGUGGGCUGCGAGGACCGAAAACGGCCGUUUUGCUGGGGACCGGGGAUCCUCGUCGUGGACAGUGCGAGAUUCCGCGUUGCGGAUCGUGAGGGAAGGGGGCUGAGCUUUGCAACUUGGGGCAUCUUGCAGCUUCCUUCGGCCACACCGGCCGUGCAAACGCACAGGCGGACGGAUGCUGAAUCCGGAAAAUCACCGCGCGAUCGAGAACUGCUAGUCGAAUGUGCGGUUGUUGGGAUCGAAAAGAAUGGGACAUCCAGUGCGUUCGUAUCCUUUGGUCGACGAGUGGCUCAUGAGAUGGACGAUGAAACACGAGCACCAGGCCACGCACGACGACUGCAGCGCCUGGCCGCUGCCGUUUCAACUUCCGCCUAUCUUCGGUUCUCCCAGGCACCUGCGCGCCGAGCAGAGGUCUCCCGAAAAUUCCAGACUGAGGGUCUUGCUGUCGAGUACAUCAAGCAGUACGGAGUUUAG